GAGCGUGGUGAUCGUCUUGACCCCAGAGCUGCUGAAGCGGAUGUGGUGCGCAGGAGAGAUUGUCACGGCUUUCAAGAACAAGGCUGGGAGAUGCGGUCCCUGUGAAGCUUCAUGACUUCAGGUGACGAGUUCGACAGCAUCAGCAUGGCAGCCUUUUCAAUGGCCAAGUUGCUGAGUCCGAUCGACCAGUCGAGAGCUGAACCUGAGGGCCAGCAUGCAGCAGGGCUUUGAUCGGAUUCUAGUGGGGAGCUGUCGGUCAUUUCUCAACACCUGGUGUUACGGCCCCCCACGUGCGCACUGGAGUCUCCUUAGGUGAAAACUCUUGGAUACCGAAAAUCACCGAUCCUCUUGCAUCUCCAAAUCAACCCAUGGAGUUUGGACAUCACCUUCCGCGCAACCAAUCCGUACCGCGCUCUCCCCGCGGUCUUGGUCCACCCCGGUGGCCGGGAAUUCGGUCGGCAGGUGACCACGGUGCCGUUGAUCUGCGACGGCUUCGUGCCGCUCACCGCGGAGACCUUGGAGGCGAUCCCCGAUGUCUGGACGGCGCAGCAAAAGCAGAUCUUGGCAAACUAUGGCAUCACCAUGGACGACGUGAAGCAGGCCUACGUUUGGGUGCGUGACGAGUUGUCGCCCCUGACGCUGUCGCGCUUCGGCCCCCAGCAGCAGCGAGAGGACGUGGUGGUCGAGAUUGUUCAGAGGGCCAAAGUGGCCAUGAAGGUCUUCCGCUCCAAUGCACCGACCGGCGGCAAAGUGAAAGCCCGCAUUCUCAUCACGGGCUCUGUGACGGAUGCCGAGGCAUUGGCGACGUUGGAAGUCUUCCAAAUCCUGGUGCAGAAUCACUUGCGCGUGGAGUGUGCCAUGGUCCGAUCCUCCAAGGAGUUAUUGGCACAUAAGCCUUAUGCUCACUACUUCGUGGUGCUGUUCUCUCGCGGAAUGCUCCGCGAUCCACGCUUCGCGCAAAUCCUGCUGAGCACCGGUGCUGGCAAGGAGGUGGAAGAGGGAGCGGAAGAGAAACACUUGGAGAUUGUGACGGUGAGUGCUGAUACAGGAUUCGAGUUCCCCAGUGCAGAGUUCUACAAGGAAUUGGAAAUGCAAGGCCUUGGGGAAGGACUGGGUCCCGAGAGUGGCCCCACACUGGCCAAGGCCUAUCGUGCACUGCUGAACGUCUUGGCCCUGCCUUUGUCGCCCUUGGGCUCUGAAGGCCUCUUGGAGAAGCAAGUCUCGGAGAUCUCCCGCCGCUUCCGUCGCUACAAGGACCCAGCUUCUGCCAUUGCCAUGGACAAUGAGGAAGACUUGAAGCACGGGGGUGAUGGAGUGGACACGAGGGCCUUGGGCGCCGAGUUGGCCAAAGAGCAGAAGGAGGUGGCUGCCGCGGUCAGUACCAUGACAGGGACGAUGAAGCAGGACGACACGGCCUCUGACAUUGUGGUCUCCUCUGCAGAUUUCUAACGCUGAAACAAGAUUGAGCACCGGAACGGAACAUUGAGAGAAUUCGUGAGCAUCACAUCCGAACUCUCUGUGUUUCUUCUCAUGUUCCCGAAGUACACAGCGGCAUCGAGUUUUUUUUUUCCAGCGGUGAGCCCUGAACACUUGAAUGCAUCAGCGCCGCAUUUUCGGGGUGCGCGGGCGAACACCGAAAAUCCUGUCUCACAGAGAGAGAAGGCUCCGAUAUUGGGCCGGUCCGAG